AGAAAACUUCCGGUCGCCUCUUCGUCAACUUCCGGUAAUGCUAGGGCGGUGAAUGUGGCGGUGUGUGUGGAUGUGUAGCUAGCGGUAAAAGUUUUUCUAUCCCCAAUAAUCGUAAUGGAUAGCCAAGGUAAAAAGGUCAUUGUGUGCGACAACGGAACGGGGUUUGUCAAAUGUGGUUACGCGGGAUCCAACUUUCCGGCCUUCCGUUUCCCAUCGCUCGUUGGAAGGCCCAUUCUACGAGCCGCCCACAAGAUAGGUGACAUCGAAGUAAAGGAUGUGAUGGUUGGUGACGAGGCGUCCAAGCUGCGCUCCAUGCUGGAGGUGGAAUACCCAAUGGAGAACGGCAUUGUCCGCAACUGGGACGACAUGUGCCUGGUGUGGGACUACACGUUCGGGGAGCAGAAGCUGGCCAUCGACCCGCGCGAGUGCAAGGUGCUCCUCACCGAGCCGCCCAUGAACCCGCUCAAGAACCGCGAGCGCAUGAUCGAAGUCAUGUUUGAGAAGUACGGCUUCGACAGUGCCUACAUUGCCAUACAGGCUGUGCUCACACUCUACGCCCAGGGCCUUUACACGGGAGUGGUCGUGGACUCGGGUGACGGUGUCACCCACAUCUGCCCAGUGUUCGAAGGCUUUGCCCUGAAUCAUUUGACACGGAGAUUGGACAUAGCGGGCCGAGACAUCACGCGGUAUCUGAUCAAGCUACUGCUGUUGCGUGGCUACGUGUUCAACCAUUCGGCCGACUUUGAGACGGUGCGUAUGAUCAAGGAGAAACUCUGCUACGUCAGCUACAACGUGGAGCAGGAGCAGAAGUUGGCCCUGGAGACCACCUUCCUGGUAGAAUCAUACACUCUUCCGGACGGUCGCACCAUCAAGCUGGGUGGCGAGCGGUUCGAGGCGCCAGAGGCCCUGUUCCAGCCGCACCUCAUCAACGUGGAGGGGCUGGGCAUUGCAGAGCUGCUUUUCCAGACGAUCCAGAGUGCGGCGAUGGACGUGCGACCGAAGCUGUACAAGUACAUCAUCCUGUCGGGGGGCUCGACCAUGUACCCGGGUCUGCCGAGCCGUCUUGAGCGCGAGAUCAAGCAGCUCUACCUGGAGCGCGUGCUCCGGGGGGACACGGAAAAGCUCAUGAAGUUCAAGAUCCGUAUCGAGGACCCUCCCCGACGCAAGGACAUGGUCUUCAUCGGUGGCUCGGUCUUGGCCGAAGUGAUGAAGGACAAUGACAAGUUCUGGAUGAGCCGCCGCGAGUACGAGGAAAAGGGCGUGCGCGUCCUCGACAAGCUGCUGCCCGGGGCUGCCAUCAUGUAACCGGCACCUCUGUAACGUUGCCGUCACUUCCACCCGCAUCGCCACACGGCGACGCUUUGAGGGCACCGCGUGCCGGCAGAAUCGGUGCGUCCCUCGACACGGAAACUGCUACGUAAAUUCAAGCGCGAUGUUCAUGCUGACGGAACGGCAAACGUGGUGCGCUUAUCGGCAGGCACUUCGGCGGGUUCGUGCAAUCCGUGCACUUCGAUGCGCGGCGUUCACGAGCGGUAGUGGCCCCUUGUGAAGGCAACAGCAUCCAUCCGUAGUGUUGGAGGGGCCACCCCAAAGCUUCCGUAUCCGACAGGUUUUCGGGAAGGUUCGCAGUAUUUCGAAAGGUUCGCGUUGGCGGCGCUCGGCAAAAUUGAAACGGUCUUGCGUUAGCGUUGCAGAAGGCACUGUUGGGAACUCGCACCUUCUUGCCGAGUUUGCCAGGGCCGUCUGCAUCGACAGACCAUCUUGCCUCUCUGAAGUCAUUCCUAAAACACGACGAGGUUGUAGUGAAGUUCGGCGUUGUGGCACUGUCGGCCGGUGUUUCGAGGACAUGUUGACGAGCAGAUUGCGCUCUUCUACGCAAGCGGAUGAGCAUCCUCACUGCUCCGAGACGUUUCUUGCUUCCUUCCACUUCCCAAUUGGUUAGGCCUUCCCGAUCACUGCCUGUGCCACAGUUUUUAAGUGUUGUUUCAAUGACGAAUCCGUCUGUGUAGCUUUGCUUGUAGUACUCCCCGAUUUCUAUUCUAGAUCUACUUCUGUCGCCCUCGAUCCAGUGGUCGGAGUGAUAUAGUUAAAUCUUUAGACUAGCGAGCACGUGUUGUUAGCACGCCGUUUCAACGAGGCGUGCGGUUAAUACUUUGUUUCCUCAAGCUGUGUACAUAAAACUGUUGUUCUGCCCCCGAGAAUCAUCUCAAACUAUGCGGGUGUGUGUGAGUAGGUUUUGGUCACAUUUGCUGGCAAAUGAACUCGUUAAUUCCCUCAUUAUCACCCGUGCUGCCUCUGCAGUGGGGCUAAUUAGUGCACGAUUUGUAAAUAUAGUGUACAAUUAUCUAAGUGAAUCAGCGGUUUUGUGGUAAGGGUGUAUGUCGGAAUUACUUUGCCGACCCCUCCCUCUCUUUGAAUAUGUCUGGUCAUUUCAUUCCCAUGGUCGGCUUCUUUGUUCGGUGGCUGAUGGCUUUUGCAAAGACCAGUGCCGCGUUGUAUUUUCCUGGUGUGAUUCAGCGGCGAGCGUUUCAAAUCGUUCGCACAUUAUUCUCUCUUUUUUUGAAUUUAUUAUUUGAGAGCACAACCGAGUUGUGCUCCUGAAAAGCACUUCUGUGAGAAUGAUUGCAUUGUUGUCAUUUUUAUUUUAUAAUAAAUAUUCACUUCCAGAUCAAC